AUGGCAGCAAACCCGCCCGCCAAACGCAAGCAUCGAUGUUCCACAGGUGGCGUGCCGCCUUUGACCACGAUCGACGAUGCAAUUUUUGCGGCGUCGUGGGCAACUCUUUCGUCCACUUGCAGCGCCAAUGGCGUUCCGUGCGGCGGAGCCCGCAGCAUCUUGCUGCAGCGCUUGGCCGCGCAUUGGACGGAGCCCGACCCACCGCCGCGCACGGAUACCUCCUGGGCUCUUCGGAAGAUUCGGACACUGGAGGCUGAGCUCGUCGCACUGCGCGCGGGCGACGACGCCGAUGCCGACCUUCCUUGCGUAGACCCCAUCCUCGCCAUCGAGGACGCGCCAGCGACGUUUCCCAUCGCUGACGAGCCCCCUGCUGCGGACGCCGAGGCCUCGUCACCGGAGGGUCCUGGCCCUGCCAGAGAACCACCCUGGCGGCCAGACCCGGACUUCCAGGACUUUGCAGACAACCUUCUCCGGGACGCAUCGGCUGCGUUGUCCGUGUGGACUCGCAUGGACCAGCGCGCCGACGUGGUCACCAUGUACCACGCGUACGACGAGCUUCGCUCCAGACCGGCUUGCACCGAAUCCCACGCGCUGUGGUGGCUGUCCUUGCUGCACAUCGUGCCUCGCCGUCGGCCUGUUUGCGCCGCCCUAGCGGCGCUGGCCGCGGCCUCCACCGAGCCAACAGAGGCCAACGCACUCGCCAUGGCAGCAGCUGUCCGUGCCUACCCCGUGAAGGAGACUCGCUGGGACACGUCGCGCCCAGUGGGGGGCACACCCGUUCUAGACCAACUCCUGCGCAGCCCCACGGGCAUGCACAGCCUGCUCGACCACGCCGCCGCCACUGCGGACCUGCAGCUCGAGGCUAGAACACCGCGAGCCCUCGACCUCACCCUCGAAACGUCGAAGACGAAACUCCCCCUCUUGCACGCGGGGUGCAAGUACACUCGGGGACACCAUCUGCGGCUUAUAGACGCCCUGGCUUCCAGGACGGUCGACACGGAAUGGUCCGCCGAGGACUGGGACACUAUCGCGCGCUAUCUCCCUGGAACCGCCGAGGGCGCUGCCGAGCUCGGCAUUCUGAACUUCGCCGCGGCGCGCCGGCACCUGGAGUGGAUUAAUGGCCGCUUCGGCCCAGGACAAAAACCGCUCCGACUGCGGGACCUCACAAUGGCUUUCUGCCUGCGUCCGCGCCUGCCCAAACUGCACAAGGACGACGGCGUGCCGUUCGCGUAG